CGUUCAGUACAACAAACCCUAAAGCACGUUCUCAAUAUCUCUCCCAAAAUCGAAAAAAUCUAAAAUCCUAUCAUCGACUAAGCAAAAAUCAAGUUUUUGUUUUCGUUUCUAAGCCUUGUUCAUUCUCUAAAGUUUGUCUAGAUUGAUAAAGCCCUCGGUAAUUAUCAUGGAAAAUCGCAUCGGGUGGAAACCCUAGUUUUUGGGGGAAUCGGCCUUGUGUACUAAGCAAGCUCUAAUUCUACAUUAAAAGUUAUUUUGUGUCCAUGAUGAUCUUCUGAAAAAUUAUGGUGUAGAUGUUUUCUCGUGAUAUGAGCUAUGAAGUGGAAUUGUAUUUCCUGUUGAUCAAAAGUUGAUUCCGAUUACAACUAUGAAUUGGAUUUCAGAUGAAUUUUCUGUAAUUUCAUACCACGUUUUUGUCUAUGCAUGCGCAUUCAAUUUAAUAAUAUUGAAAGGUUAAGGUUAUUUUUUCUCUUUACAAUUCAGAUGGCUUUAAAGGAGCAGCUAGAUAAGUUCAACAAACAACAAGAGAAAUGUCAAACUAUGUUUUCGAGCAUUGCUUCUUCAAGAGUGCCUUCAAGACCGUCCGUGGCUGAAUCAAUCAUUCAGAAGCCUGAUGCAGCUCCUCGCAAGUUUUCAGACAAUACAAAGCAACUUCAGAACAUUAACAGCAUCAGAAAAGCUCCUGUUGGAGCUCAAAUGAAGCUUGUCAUUGAUCUUUUGUUCAAGACAAGGCAAGCCUAUACGGCAGAUCAAAUAAAUAAAGCUUGUUACGUUGAUAUGAAUGCCAAUAAGGCUGUUUUUGAUAGUUUGAGGAAGAAUCCAAAAGUGCAUUAUGAUGGAAGAAGGUUCUCUUACAAGGCAACGCACGAUGUCAUGGACAAGAGCCAGCUUCUUUCGUUGGUGAAUAAAUACCCUAACGGGAUUGAUGUGGCUGAUCUCAAAGAUGCUUACCCAAACGUCAUGGAAGAUUUGCAGGCUCUGAAAGAUUCAGAUGACAUAUUUUGGUUGACAUCAAAGUACACAGUUUCAAAAGAAGGCAUUGCGUAUCCAAAUGAUAUCAAGUAUCCGUUUCAGGUUGAUAACGAAUUCAAAGCUCUAUUCUGCGACAUGGACAUCCCGAACGACAUGAUGGACGUGGAAAAGGAGCUGUGGAAGAUUGGUUUGAAGCCGGCUACAAACACUGCGGAGAGGAGAGCUGCUGAACAGCUCCAUGGCAUAUCGAAUAAACCCAAGGACAAGAAGAAGAAGAAACAAGAGAUCACCAAGAGAACCAAAAUCACCAAUUCCCAUCUUCCGGAGCUCUUCAACUGCCUUAACGCCAGCAGUUCCCGGAACUGAUUGCCUCAUGCAUUGCACUUUGAAGUUAUUUUUCUCUGCACCUAUAUAUUAUUUUUCCUACUCUAAUAUAAAAUCAUGAAAAAAACAUAAGAGUUUACAUAUUCAGAGAGAACUUGUAUCUUGUAUAUCUUCGUCAAUUCAUUAAG